CUCUCUCAAUCCUGCAUUACUUUUCCUCCAUUUCUAUUGCAGAGGAGCUGAACAGCUAAGCAUGACAGUACCUUAACGCGUACAUAAAUACACCAGAUACCCAUAUACUCUCUCUCUCUCUCUCUCCUAUCUUCUCUUUAACCGUCUCUUCUCUCUCUCUCCUUCUGCCAAUUGUCAACUCCAAAAAUCAUUCUCCGAAUCUACCCCAAAGAAAAGAAUACAUCAACCCAAAAUUCACGCCCCCCUUCGCCUCUUCCAUUUUACUAUCUUCUAAAUCUAUCUAUAUACAACAAUCCCAAGUACCAUUCCAUCGCCAAAUUUAGCAUUACGUACACAUAUACGUACACACACAGAGAGAGAUAUAAAUAGGUGGUGGUUGUUGGGGGGAAUGAGGUUGAAGGAGGAAACCGAGUUUUUUGAGGAAGAGGAGGAGAGAGAACAAACCAUGGUGGCGCACAAGUUUUCUUUGCAGCCGAUGAUGAAAGGGGUCGUGGUUGGUUACGCCCUGACGUCGAAAAAGAUUAAGAGCUUUUUGCAACCCAAGCUUGAGCGUCUGGCUAGGAACAAGGGGAUAUUGUUCGUUGCUAUUGACCAACACAGGCCCCUUUCAGACCAAGGCCCUUUUGACAUUGUUCUACACAAGUUAUCGGGAAAGGAGUGGCGUCAGAUUCUUGAGGAUUAUCGGCAAACACAUCCUGAAGUUACAGUUCUUGAUCCACCAGAUGCCAUACAGCAAGUCCACAAUCGUCAGUUCAUGCUUCAGGAAGUUGCCGAUCUGAACUUGUCUGAUGCAUAUGGCACAGUUGGUGUUCCGAGGCAGUUGGUCAUAAAAAAAGACCCAGCGUCCAUCCCGGAUGCAGUUAACAAAGCUGGGUUGAGGCUACCACUUGUUGCAAAGCCUUUGGUUGUCGAUGGAAGUGCAAAAUCACAUGAACUGUCACUUGCUUAUGAUCAAUACUCCCUCCGGAUACUUGAACCUCCACUUGUUCUUCAAGAGUUUGUCAAUCAUGGGGGCGUUCUCUUCAAGGUUUACGUCGUUGGGGAAGCUAUUAAGGUUGUGAGGCGAUUCUCUUUGCCUGACGUUAGCAAACGUGAGCUAUCAACAAAUGCUGGUGUAUUCCGCUUUCCAAGGGUUUCUUGUGCUGCAGCAUCUGCUGAUGAUGCAGAUCUGGACCCAGGAAUUGGUGAGCUUCCACCACGACCUUUGCUUGAGAGACUUGCCAAGGAACUUCGUCGCCGACUGGGCCUUCGGCUAUUCAACCUAGAUAUAAUCAGAGAGCAUGGGACCCGAGACCGCUUCUAUGUUAUCGACAUCAACUAUUUCCCUGGGUAUGGGAAAAUGCCAGAAUAUGAGCACAUAUUCACGGAUUUCCUCCUCAGCCUGGUGCAAAGCAAGUACAAGAAACGUGCUGGUAAACCAGUUGAAGAGCCUGUGCGGUAGGGAAAAAGGUGCCAUAAUAUCAUGUGUUGCUCAUCAUGCUGACAAGUACAUGCAGGAGAGCUUCCCAUGCAUAUUUGGGAUCCCCUACGGUAUUGUCACUGCAAUAGAGUUUAACCACCAAGUUCGGAGGAUCCUCUACUACGCCUAGGGCACUGGAAUGUGUAUAGGUGUGUGCUUCCUUCGUCUACUUCUAAUCUAGUGAGUAGCGGGUGGAAUGUGUAUGCAAACGUGCAGCAAAUCACAAUCCAUCACUCCCUUCAGAAUCUCCCAUCGUUAAAAACAGUUCCUAGUUAAUAAUUUGUAGCUCCUAAUAAUUUGUUUUCUUUCUCCAUUCUAGUACUUCCUUUGUUGUGUAUUUCUUGCUUUGUGGUUUGUGCUGUUGGUGAAUUCACACAGCCUCAUUUUUUUUCAGAUAGCUCACACAUUCUUUGUCUCGCUUAGAAGUGACAUUGUGUAUAUAUUUGCAAUUUGGAUGGUGUU